AGUGAAAACAAUUAAUGUUAAGCACAGGAUAAAUAGAAUUCAUAAAAGGAGGAAUUGCAGUAAAUAUAAGAAGUGAUGGACGUAAAAAUAAUGAAGUGAGAGAAAUUAAAUUGUUGAGAUCUCAUCUUAUAUGCACAAGUGGUUCAUGUAAAUAUGAGGGAGAAAUCACAAUCUAUACUGGAAUAAAGUUAGAGUUGGGGGAUUAAUCUUAGAUUAAAAUAAAUGUAAGUUCAAUGAAGAGAACAAAUGAUGAAAAAUAAAAAGCUUAAUAUCUUCAAGAAUUAUUGGAAUCUCUUUACAAAACUGAUAUGAGUGAAUUAAAAGUUGGUCAAAAAGGAUGGGUAUUAGUUGUUGAAGUGUUUCUAUUAUGUUAAAUAGAUAUUGCUUAUUUAGAAGCUAUUUGUACAUCUAUAAAUGAAGCAAUGUCAGAUUUAAGGAUACCAACUAUAAAAGUUACAAAGAAUCUAUUAACAGAAAUAGAGGAAUAUGAAUUAUUACCUAAUGAACCAACUAAAUCAUUUAAAUGUGAUAAAAUUUAUGUUGUUGGUAAAGUUGGAACAGAAUUAGUAAAAGAUAUGAGUUUUGAAGAAUUUUAUUCAGUAGAUUAAAAAUUGAUAUUAGUUUAAGGAAGAAAUGGAAAUAAUAAAUUAAGAACAUUUGAUAGUUGUGGAUUUGAUGCUGAUGAUUUAAUGAGAGUAUUAGUGUUUAUAAAAUGA